GACCUCUCUACUAGUUCAAAGGUCAGAAAGCAGCUGCGCAUAUGGCGCAUGUUCACGCAGCAAUGUGCCAUUACUGUAGUAUAAAAGUGCAGUAGUUUUACCAUAGUUUGACUUUUCACUUCGUCGUAAUUUGAGCAUUAUAUUAAACUUUAAUAGUGUCGGUGUUUUGAGUAUAGAUAUUUGUAAGGGAUAGUCUUGGUGUAGGAAUGGCAGGUCCAGAGCUGCUGCUAGACUCCAGUAUUCGCCUGUGGGUUGUUUUGCCCAUAGUCUUCAUCACAUUCUUUGUCGGAAUUUUGCGGCAUUACGUCACUCAGCUGAUUCAUAACGACAAGAAAGUUGAUCUGCAGCAGGUGUCUGACAGCCAGGUGUUGCUGCGCAGCCGCAUCCUGAGAGAAAAUGGAAAAUAUCUUCCCAAACAGUCAUUUGCCAUGCGAAAACACUAUUUCAACAACCCUGAUACUGGAUUCUUCAAGAAGGUCAAAAGAAAGGUGAUCCCCAAAAACCCCAUGACUGACCCGAGCACGUUGACGGACAUGAUGAAGGGGAAUCUGACCAAUGUGCUGCCAAUGAUUCUGAUUGGAGGAUGGAUCAACUGGGCCUUUUCUGGUUUUGUCACAACUAAAGUUCCAUUUCCUCUGACUCUGAGAUUCAAGCCCAUGUUACAGAGAGGAAUUGAGCUGAUCUCUCUGGACGCUUCCUGGGUCAGUUCAGCAUCAUGGUAUUUUCUUAACGUGUUUGGGCUCAGAAGCAUGUACACACUCAUCCUUGGACAAGACAAUGCUGCUGAUCAGUCGAGAAUUAUGCAGGAUCAAAUGACAGGAGCAGCGAUGGCGAUGCCUCCUGAUCCUAAUAAAGCUUUUAAGAGCGAGUGGGAAGCCCUGGAGAUUGUGGAGCACAAAUGGGCCCUGGAAAACGUAGAGGAGGAACUCAUGUGUCAGGAUCUGAACUUCAGAGGACUCUUUAUCUAAGAACUAUAGUAAAAAAACAACCCUGAUUUCAAAUCAAUUUUUAAUAUGAACCAGUCCCGUUAAGAUGGUUCAGUUCAUAAGCAGAUGUGAUUUCUUUAUGAUUCAAAUGUUGAUACUCGUUGACUGCAGUGAUCUUGAUUCUGAAUGAAUGUGAAUGUCCUGCAAAGCAUCUAUAAUAUGUCUGACAUGUUUUUGUGAACUGUGAGUGUUGCACAUGAACAUUUAAUUAGUUGUAAGCAUAGAUCUAAAUUAUAUUCAUUUUUGCCAGAGGUAUUAAUAUACCGAAAUUCUCAUGUCUUAAUAGUUUAUGUGUGAAGUGAUGCCUUGAAAAUAUUUUUGGGUUUGUUCUUUCUAAAGUGUUGUUAAAAUGUCCGUUUGGCUGCCACGUUUGAUUAAAUGGUCUAUAUCAGGCA